UGCGUCGGACGUUUUUUAGUGAAACACUCCUGAAGGCGGCUUGUUGGCAAUGCUGGACUGUAUGUUUUAGAAGAUGGCUGUAACUCUGCACACAGACCUUGGUGAUAUCAAAAUAGAGUUGUUUUGUGAGAGAGCCCCGAAAAGCUGUGAAAAUUUUAUUGCACUGUGCGCUGGUGGGUUUUACAAUGGAUGUAUUUUUCAUCGAAACAUAAAGGGCUUUAUGGUUCAGACUGGAGACCCAACAGGUACAGGCAAAGGAGGGACCAGUAUUUGGGCAAGAAAUUUUGAUGAUGAAUUCAGUGAACAUCUGAAACACAAUGUCCGGGGUGUGGUGGCCAUGGCCAAUAAUGGACCAAACACAAAUGCAUCACAGUUCUACUUCACAUAUGCAAAACAGCCUCACCUGGAUAUGAAGUACACAGUUUUUGGAAAAAUUAUAGAUGGACUAGAAACUCUGGAUGAACUAGAGAAACUCCCUGUGAAUGAAAAGACUUUUCGUCCUCUUAAUGAUGUCCGUAUUAAGGAUAUUACUAUCCAUGCCAACCCAUUUGCUGGUUGAUUUGAUUGAUUUCAUUGUGAAACAUUCAUAAUGCAUUGUGUUGUAUAAAUAUUUUGUGCUUUUUUCAAUUUCAUGCUGUUAUUUGUACACACUGACUUGCCUCUUUUUCCCGCAUAAUCUUUUACAUUGGCUUUUAAAUGUAUGGUAUUUUUUAAUAAAAACAUAAUAAUCCAAUGUACUUGGACAAAAAAAU